CUUUGGACACAGAUAUAAACUUGUUUCUUCCUGCUAAACCUCUUCUUCUUCUUCUCCUGCUUCUUCAUUUUGCGACGUUGUUUGGUUCAGAUCUGAUAGAGAGAGAGAGAGAGAGAGUGAGAGAUCUUACGACGGAGACGAUGAGCGGAAAGAUCGUCGGUGGUGGUGGGAGUGUCGGAGGCAGGAAAAGCUAUAACGGGAUUUCUGAUAUUCCGUCUGGCUCGAGGAAGAUGGUACAGAGUUUGAAGGAAAUUGUGAACUGCCCUGAAGCUGAGAUCUAUGCCGUGCUCAAGGACUGUAACAUGGAUCCUAACGAAGCCGUCAAUCGCCUCCUCUCCCAAGAUCCUUUUCACGAGGUUAAGAGCAAAAAAGAAAAGAAGAAAGAGAUUAGGGAUAUACCGGAUUCCCGGCCACGAGGCUAUAGCAACACUUACAACCGUGGAACUAGAGGUGGUUCUGAUCGUUUUAGUGGACCUGGACGAAGCGGAGCUACGCCUUUUAGCUCUAGUGAGUCUGGAAAUUUCCAAGGAAAAGCUACAAACAAGAGAGAGAGCGAGAAGCAGGGUUAUGCAGGUUCUUUUUCUUCUACAUCUGGAGUAUCGACCCACCAUCCGAUACCACACAGUGAUUCUGUAGCUAUGGACCGUAAAACGCCAACUGUUACCUCGGGUGGUGGAAUACCAUCAUCACAGACUGUUUCUGGACAUCAAACUGCAUGGUGUGGAGCUGCAGGUCAGAUGUCUAUGGCUGACAUUGUGAAGAUGGGUAGACCUCAUAACAAGACAACCACCUCUCAUAAAAAUGUAGAUAGGCGUUCCGAGGUAAAUCAUGCGCAUGAAACUGCUGCAAAUCAACAUGUACCUGUGAAAGAGGAAUGGCCCUCGAUUGAGAAGCCAAUGGCUGCUAGCACUUCUUCUGUAUCAGUGGCACCAUCUGAUUCAGAGACACGCACUGAUCCAGCCGAUUUUCAAUCCAGUAGAGGAGAUCAGUAUCUGAAGGGCCACUUGGAAGAUACACAUCUAGCAGAAAAUGGUCCCUUAGGAUAUCUUGGUAGAGAUCAUGUGCAGGCUGACACUGUCGCUGGCGGAGUUGUUCAGGAAGAUGAAUCUGGAGCGUCAUCUGAGUUUGCUGAUAAUCCAUACAGACACCAAACGCAGAACCAUCCUGUUGAGCACCAGAAAGAUGAAGAUGAUGUUUCGGCUGUUGCUGCCAACCUUCAAGAGUUAAGCAUAGAAAACCAUGAGAAAUUCUCCUCCCAUGAUGAGGAUAGACCUGCUGUCGUAAUUCCAGAUCAUCUGCUGAUACAUACAGAAGAGUGCUCACAGUUAAGCUUUGGAAGUUUUGGAGGUUUUGGAUCAAGACCUUUGAACAACAACUUAGAAGAGACAUCUGAUGUACCUCCACAGAUUGAACGUGCUGAUGCCAGAAAUACCGAGUUCUAUGGAGAUGAACAUCUAGGAAACAUGUCAAAUGAAAAUGUGGUCCAUACGUCUACUGCAGAAAAUUAUGAUGAAUCUUCAGAAUCUCAGCGAGAGGCUUUGUUGCCAGAAAACCCUGAAACCGCUCAUCAGGAGAACCAAUACUCGUUUGCUCAGUCGGAUCCAGAGUAUGCAUAUGAAAAUGCCAAGCAGCAGAAUACUGCAUUCGAUGCGUCACAGACAGGCAUGCAGAAUCAGAUGCAGAAUCUUGCUUCAUUGACAAAUGUAAUGCGAGGCCAAGGGUAUACAAAUUCAAUUCCAAACACACUAUUGGCAGCACAAAGUGCAAGGGAGCUUGAGCUUCAGUACUCAACUUUCCCAGGCGUACAGUCUAUGCCAUCAAGAAGCAACGAUUCCUCACUAGGUGGCCAAAGCAAUUCUAUGCCAGAGGCGCUGAGAGGUGGUGGUAGUCAAACAACGCAGCCAAGCCAGCAGAACUUACCCCCUGGUGCCAAUAUUGCUACUGGACCAGCUCUUCCUCAACAGCUACCAAUGCAUCCAUAUUCUCAGCAUACUGUACCUCUAGCUCACUUUGCCAACAUGAUCGGUUACCCUUUGAUGCCUCAGAGCUACCCGUACAUGCCAUCGGCUUUCCAGCAAGCAUUUGCUGGUAAUAGCUCAUACCACCAGUCACUGGCCGCUUUGCUUCCGCAGUACAAAAACAACAUUUCCGCCAGUAAUGUGCCUCAGUCAGCAACUUCUGCUCCUACUUCCUCCGCCUAUGGGUUUGGAAAUUCAAGCAAUGCUGGAGCCGGAAACUAUCCUCUUAACCACCAACAACAACAGUCCGCUCCGUCUGGGGCAUCGCUUAGUUAUGAAGACGCCCUGAGUCUACAAUACAAACAGAACAACCAUCUAUUAUCACUUCAGCAACAACAACAACUACAACAACAACAACUGCAGCAGCAGCAGAAUGAAAACUCGCCUAUGUGGCUUCAUGGACCUGGCUCUCAAACCAUGUCGGGUGUCCCGAGCAACACGUACUACAACCUUCAAGCACAACAACAAGCUCAGCAAGUUCGCCAAGCUCAGCAACAAGCACAACAGCAGCAGUAUGGGUCGCUCGGUUACCCAAACUACUAUCAGUCGCAAACAAUGGAGCACCAACAGCAAAACCCAAGAGACGGUGGCUCGCAAGGUCAGCCCUCAAAGCAAACACAGCAGCAGCAGCUCUGGCAAAACUCUUACUAGACGGUUUUGGUCCGCCCAGGCCAUGGUAUUGUGUACUUGUCACGUAGCCGUGGCUAUAAAGCUGAUAACCAGUUAUAUAGGUUAUCGGUUAUUUGAGUUGUUGGGUAGGGAAUCUGAAGGGGAAAAAGGAUGAAUCUUCACCAUGUCACUGUGAGUGUAUUUGUCAUCUUCUGUUAACUUAGGGACAAGCAAACUCUAAUUUGGAUCAAUGCAACGAAAACCAAAGAAAAAAGGCAAAAGCUCCUAUGUCUUUUCUAGCUUUGCCUCUGUGGCUCUGUGCUCCACCUUGUAUAGCAUCUUUGCUUUCUGUUCAACUGUUUCAACUUUUGAUGGUUUUGGUUAUCAUGGGGAACUUCACAAAUAUGAAAAACCAAUAAUAUAUAACAAGUAUAAAUA